GCUACUACGAGAUCGACCGCACCAUCGGCAAGGGCAACUUCGCUGUGGUCAAGCGGGCCACGCACCUCGUCACCAAGGCCAAGGUUGCUAUCAAGAUCAUAGACAAGACCCAGCUGGAUGAAGAAAACUUGAAGAAGAUUUUCCGGGAAGUUCAAAUUAUGAAAAUGCUUUGCCAUCCCCACAUCAUCAGGCUCUACCAGGUUAUGGAGACAGAACGGAUGAUUUAUCUGGUGACAGAAUAUGCUAGUGGAGGGGAAAUAUUUGACCACCUGGUGGCCCAUGGCAGAAUGGCCGAGAAGGAGGCCCGUCGGAAGUUCAAACAGAUUGUGGCAGCCGUCUAUUUUUGUCACUGUCGGAACAUUGUUCAUCGUGAUCUAAAAGCUGAAAAUUUGCUUCUGGAUGCCAAUCUGAAUAUUAAAAUAGCAGAUUUUGGCUUCAGUAACCUGUUCACUCCUGGGCAGCUGCUGAAGACCUGGUGCGGCAGCCCUCCCUACGCUGCACCUGAGCUCUUUGAGGGAAAGGAGUACGACGGGCCCAAAGUGGACAUCUGGAGCCUUGGAGUCGUCCUCUAUGUGCUUGUGUGUGGUGCCCUGCCAUUUGAUGGGAGCACACUGCAGAAUCUGCGGGCCCGGGUGUUGAGUGGAAAGUUCCGCAUCCCAUUUUUUAUGUCCACAGAGUGUGAGCACCUGAUCCGCCACAUGCUGGUGUUAGACCCGAACAAGCGCCUCUCAAUGGAGCAGAUCUGCAAGCACAAGUGGAUGAAGCUGGGGGACGCGGAUCCCAACUUUGACCGGUUAAUAGCUGAAUGCCAGCAGCUGAAGGAAGAAAGACAGAUAGACCCCCUGAAUGAGGACGUCCUCUUGGCCAUGGAGGACAUGGGACUGGACAAAGAGCGGACGCUACAGUCGUUAAGAUCAGAUGCCUAUGAUCACUAUAGUGCAAUCUACAGCCUGCUGUGUGAUCGACAUAAGAGACACAAAACCCUGCGUGUUGGAGCACCUCCUAGCAUGCCCCGAACCAUGGCCUUUCAAGCACCAGUCAAUGUCCAGGCGGAGCAGGCUGGUACCACUAUGAACAUCAGCGUUCCCCAGGUGCAGCUGAUCAACCCAGAGAACCAGAUCGUGGAGCCGGACGGGACAGUGAACUUGGACAGUGAUGAGGGUGAGGAGCCCUCCCCUGAAGCACUGGUCCGCUAUUUGUCCAUGCGGAGGCACACAGUGGGCGUGGCUGACCCACGCACGGAAGUUCUGGAAGAUCUGCAGAAGCUCCUGCCUGGCUUUCCUGGAGUCAACCCUCAGGCUCCAUUCCUGCAGGUGGCCCCUAACAUGAACUUCAUGCACAACCUGUUGCCCAUGCAAAAUUUGCAACCGACUGGGCAGCUUGAGUACAAGGAGCAGUCCCUCUUACAGCCGCCCACCCUACAGCUGCUGAAUGGAAUGGGCCCCCUCGGCCGGAGGGCAUCCGAUGGAGGAGCCAACAUCCAGCUACAUGCCCAGCAGCUGCUGAAGCGCCCACGGGGACCCUCCCCACUUGUCACCAUGACACCAGCAGUGCCGGCGGUUACCCCUGUGGACGAGGAGAGCUCGGAUGGGGAGCCAGAUCAGGAAGCUGUGCAGAGGUACUUGGCAAAUAGGUCCAAAAGACAUACACUGGCCAUGACCAACCCUACAGCUGAGAUCCCACCGGACCUACAACGGCAGCUAGGACAGCAACCUUUCCGUUCCCGGGUCUGGCCCCCUCACCUGGUACCUGAUCAGCAUCGCUCCACCUACAAGGACUCCAGCAGCCUGCACCUCCCCACGGAGCGUUUCUCCCCCGUGCGCCGGUUCUCAGACGGGGCCGCAAGCGUCCAGGCCUUCAAAGCUCACCUGGAGAAGCUGGCAAGCAGCAGUAGCAUCAGACAGCUGCAGCAGGAGUGCGAGCAGCUGCAGAAGAUGUAUGGGGGGCACAUUGAUGAGCGAGCCCUGGAGAAGACCCAGCAGCAGCAUAUGCUCUACCAGCAGGAGCAGCACCACCACAUUCUCCAGCAGCAGAUUCAAGAUUCUAUCUGUCCUCCUCAGCCUUCUCCACCUCUUCAGGCUGCAUGUGAAAAUCAGCCAGCCCUUCUUACCCACCAGCUCCAGAGGUUAAGGAUUCAGCCUUCAAGCCCACCCCCCAACCACCCCAGCAACCAUCUCUUCAGACCACCCAGUAAUAGUCCUCCCCCCAUGAGCAGUGCCAUGAUCCAGUCUCACGGCGCCGCCUCGCCCUCCCAGUUUCCAGGCUUACCGUCCCGAGGCGCAGUCUUCCAGCAGCAGCCCGAGAACUGCUCCCCUCCUCCCAGCGUGGCCCUAACCUGCCUGGGCCUCCAGCAGCCUCCGCAGUCACAGCAGGUGACCAUCCAAGUACAGGAGCCCGUUGACAUGCUCAGCAGUAUGCCAGGGACAGCUGCAGGCUCUGCCGGGCGAGGCCUCUCCAUCAGCCCCAGUGCCAGUCAGAUUCAGAUGCAGCACCGUACCAGCCUGAUGGCCACCUUCAGCUACGGGCACCGCCCCUUGUCCAAGCAGCUGAGUGCCGACAGCGCAGAGGCCCACAGCUCGAACGGGAAUCGGUUCUCCCCUGCUAACUACGACCAGGCGCACUUACACCCCCAUCUGUUUUCGGACCCGUCCCGGGGUUCCCCCAGCAGCUACAGCCCUUCAACAGGAGUGGGGUUCCCUCCAACCCAAGCCCUGAAAGUCCCUCCACUUGACCAAUUCCCCACCUUCCCUCCCAGCGCCCAUCAGCAGCCAGCGCACUAUGCGGCGUCGGCCCUGCAGCAGGCCCUGCUGUCCCCCACGCCGCCAGACUAUACGAGACACCAGCAGGUGCCGCACAUCCUCCAGGGACUGCUCUCCCCCCGGCACUCGCUCAGCGGCCACUCGGACAUCCGGCUGCCCCCGGCGGAGUUCGCGCAGCUCGUGAAGAGGCAGCGUCAGCAGCAGGACUACCACGACCUGUUCCGGCACAUGAACCAGGGGGACGCGGGGAGCCUGGCUCCCGGUCUCGGGGGACAGACCUUGACAGAGCGCCAGGCUUUACCGUAUCAGAAUGCUGACUCGUAUCACCACCACCACACCAGCCCCCAGCAUCUCCUACAGAUCAGGGCCCAGGAAUGCCUGUCGCAGGCCGCGCCCCCCAGCCCCGCGCACGGGUACGCCCAGCAGCCGGCCCUCCUGCGCUCGGAGAGCAUGGAAGAGGAGUGCUCCUGUGAGGCAGCCAAGGACAGCUUCCCGGACAGGAAGAGCUCAAACACAGUGGCCAAAGGUUGCCGUGACAGCCCCCUGCUCUUGAGUACUGGUGGACCCGGGGACCCCGAGUCUUUACUGGGAACUGUGAGCCACACACAGGAGUUGGGGAUGCAUCCCUACCGACAUCAGUCAACUGCUGCAUUCAGUAGAAAUAAGGUGUCCAGCCAAGGUAAGAGCCCCUUCGGGGUAAGCGUCCCGGGCCAGUCUGCCCGAAUUCACGUAACUCAGGGAUGGUGUCUUUUUCCAGUCAGGGCUCUGUGUUCCUAAGAGAAAAAGAAUUCCUGAGAAGACCUGCAGGACCUUAUGGGGGAGAAGGAUGUGGGGAACGGGUACUGGUCCUUAAGGGGACUGCUUUCAAAAUAAAAAGAUAGCGAUAGGAAAUUAGCGCUUACAUAAUCCAGUCAGUAAAGAUAGUUCCCAUUUCUCCUAUUCGUACCAUGGUUCCUUGGAAACCAGAAUUUCCUGUCAUCAAAAUAGCCCACUUUAACUUCUGCAGUAGAACAAAAUCAGCCAGUGCUAAGGAAAUACGGCUUUGUGUAAAUGGUGUUGGACCAAGGGUCAAAAACGCCCCUCGAUUCCAGACUCGCCUCUAUCACGAAUGCUGUAACCUUGUCACUUAAACCCCAGGUUCUUAAGUUCUCCUCUGUGAAAAAUGGGCAGGAGGAAUAAUGAUGCUUUGCAGAGUACUUGGGAAGAUAAAAACAUGCACGUAUGUGCCGUGUUUCACAUAAUGCGUGCGCGCACGCACAUGUGAGGCUGAGAGAAGCACACGCUACUCAGCAAGGAUGAUGGAAAUGUGAGGCAUUAUUAUUACUCUGCUCCUCUCAUUAACAAGCUAAGUACAGAAUAUCCCAGCGUCAUAAGGGACCCCCGGUGUUUUCCUGCAUCACUUUGUAUAAUGCAUGAGUACGUUCAUUUCCAUCCUGAAGGAGAUUAGGAUUACCAGCAGUCAGUUAUACUCCGAAAAUCUUCUUCCAUCGUCAUCCUAGCAUUCAUCCGAGGCAAAAGCUGCACUGACAUCCAUCCCAUCACCAUAGAUCACAGAAAAUGAGCCUAUCCAGAAAAUAAACCGUCUUGAAACCGAGCAUAUCUUCCAUCCUCCCCCUCUUGGAGCUACCUGCAUCUCCUGGCCUGUCCUUUGAGGUCAACACACAAACUCCUGGGGAGUUAGGUCCUAUGGAACAGAGCAGGACAGAGGCCUUGCUCUGAAUCAGUUUAUGAAGAAGACUUGGUGCUUUCCGGUUGUGCUUAGUAAUGCACGGCCAGGGAGGGACAUGUGCUUGCCUAAAACAGUUUAGAAUCCUGGGUUUUUGAGCAAAUGGGUGCCAUUCGGCUUAGAGGCCUGCACCAGUCAGACAGACUGUGUUCGCCUGUGGCUGCUGUAUUUGUAGGUGGGCGUAGGAUGGUGGGAGAUUCCAGAACCAGGUCAUAUGUGGAAUGGCUGACAGACCUGGCAAUGUUUAGGCUUGGGAGGAAAAAAGAAACUAAGGAGAACCAUCAUAACCACGUGGAACAAGGGAUUAGAAUUUUUGGAGUCCGUAUUAUGGGCCAGGACCAAGAUCAGGAUAGAAGUGUCAGCAAAUGUCAACUCCUGUGGAAGACCUUCGUAAGAACUUUCUAGAAUAAGCUGCUUCAGCAGCCUGGGAGCUUUCUGUCACUGGGAGUGUUCCAGCAGAGGCAGGAUGAUAGUAUCAGGGAUACUGAGGAAAAGCUUCGUGCGUGAAUGAAAGCUUUUCACCAGAUUAGCAUAUUGUAGUUGGUGUAAAAAGGAGGAGAAUGGUGAACAUCUCUCCAGGGCUUUCCAUGUGCCAGACACCCACUGCUAUUCACAUACAAGUUCAUUUAAUCCUCACAGCAACCCUAUAAGGCAGUUAACUCUUCCUGUCCCCAUUUCACCAGUGAGACAAACGAGACACAGAUUAAGUAAUUUGCCCCCAAGGUCAGCAGCUGUUAAGUGGCACGUGAGCCCAGGAGUUAUCCCGUUCCCUGCAGGAGAUGCUGACUAAGCACGUCCCAGGUGUGCAAGGCAGUGAGGACUGAGCAGAGCCAGAGCAAACAGCGUCCACUCCCCGCUCCCCCCGCCGCCCCGUCCUGGAAUGCCAUGUAUGGAAACACCUUUUGAAAUGUUUUUCUUCAAAAAUUCUCAUUUCUGCCCAGUUUUCCCUCCUGUGUGACUCCUGUGUACAGAAAGGCUGGGGGGCUUGAAUUCGCCUGUGUCCCAUAAUUGUCCGAGGAACACCCCCCCCCGCCCCCAGCAGGCUUGCUUGUCUCCUUGGUGCCUACGGUGAGGCAGACUGUAGUCGGCUCAUACGGGUGCUGCGGGGGCACCAGAGGGGGGAGAGAGAGUUCUCAGUCAGAAGAAUAGCACAGGUUUCCAGCAAGAAGCGCAUUUGAGUCGGGUCUUGGUGGACGAAGAGGAAUUGGCCAUUUGGCUGUAAGGGAGAAGCCAGGGGAAAGACCAGCAGGCGGGGUGCCUCGGUGGUGUUCUGGGGGGAAAGCAAGCAGGUUUGAUGGGUUUGAAGUGUAGUGCACAUGAAGGAAGGAGUAGAAGCUAAGGACAGGGGUUUCCUUUUUUUUUUUUCCCCCCACUGUAAAAUGCUCAUUUAUUAAAGUCUAAGACAAUUAUAUGUUCUAUAAGAGUAUGCAGCAUGUUCUUAUUUUAGAUGCAGCCAUAAAGGGAGCACAGCUCUUAAAUGCAAACAGGAAUUGUAUCUGAUAAUUAAUAGAACCAAAGUCCACAGCAGCAGUAAAAAUUAAAUUGGCCUUAAAUCCCAUUUUAUAGAUUGUUUCUAUGUGGGCAGAGGUUUUCAAAGAUCCAGAGUAUGAUCUAGAUCCAGCUGCCUUGUGCCACAGGAAGUCCUAAGGCCUUCCCUUCUGGCCAGAGCUUCACGGUUCUGUGGUUCUUUUGACAGAUCUCCCCUACUUCUUCUUCUCCUGGCUGAGUUACUCUCAUUACUUCUGUCCUCCCUCUCCCUUCUCCCUGCCUUGUCCCGUUCACCACCAUCACCACCCUUAUCCCCUCCAGACAUCUCUUCUGGUCUCUGGAAGAAUCAAGCAAUAAGUAUCUCCCUAAAGCUUUUAGCUCAGGACUACCCUGUGCCUGGUUCCCGGCUUUGCCAGUACCUUCCCCUCCGAAAGUCCUUUACUUCUUGAACCUUCUUUUCCUGACCUUUGAUAACGAGCUUUUCUAGAAAUUGUAAUCUUAGCUCCUGCCCUGCUUGCUAAUACAUUGUAGAGAUGAUUCUUCCUUCUUUCUACCCAGUUGACUCUAAACUUACUCUUUUUAAAAAUUUAUUUAUUUUUAUUUAAUUUCAAUUAACA